CAAUGUGGAGACUUGUAAUUAUAUUUAGCAUUUUCUGUAUAUCAGCCAUUAACUCAGACAGCAGCGAAUCUGAGAUAAUUACCGAUGAGGGUUUUGAAAAUUUUAAGAAAGCCAACAACAAGAACUAUGCUCGCGUCUAUGACGAAAUCCGUAGCUAUAAGGCCUAUGAAGAGAACCAGAAGGUGGUGGAGGAGCACAACAAACGUUUUCAAAGUGGAGAAUGCAGUUUCAGAUUGGCCACAAAUACGCUGGCUGAUAUGAACACCGACUCAUACCUCAAGGGAUACCUACGACUACUGAAGAGUCAACGCCAACCGAAUUCCACUGAAGAGAAUGCUGCAGACAUUGUGGGAUCACCGUUGAUGAGCAACUUGCCCGAAAGUCUGGAUUGGCGCACCAAAGGCUUUGUUACAGAGCCUCAGAAUCAGCAAAGUUGUGGUUCCUGCUAUGCCUUCAGCAUAGCACAAAGCAUUGAGGGGCAGGUUUUUAAGCGGACAGGACGCAUAUUGAGUCUGAGUGUACAACAAAUUGUGGACUGCAGCGUCUCUUUUGGCAAUCAAGGAUGUACUGGUGGCUCUUUGCGCAAUACUCUGAGAUAUUUACAGAGCACUGGCGGCAUUAUGAGAUCAAAAGACUACAAAUAUACAGCAAGGAAAGGAAGAUGCCAAUUCGUUAGAGAACUGGCCGUCGUCAAUGUUACUUCUUGGGCUAUUUUGCCACCAAAUGAUGAAAACGCCAUCCAAGCUGCCGUUACUCAUAUUGGUCCCGUCGCAGUCUCCAUUAAUGCAACUCCGAAAACUUUUCAGUUAUAUAGUGAUGGCGUCUACGAUGAUCCCGCUUGUAGUUCGGAUACUGUGAAUCAUGCCAUGUUAGUGAUAGGCUAUGGCAAGGACUACUGGAUUCUGAAGAAUUGGUGGGGCGAGAAAUGGGGCGAGAGAGGCUACAUGAAGCUGCGGAAAGGCCGCAAUCUGUGUGGAGUUGCAAAUUAUGCUGCUUACGCCGUGGUAUAAGAUGCUUAAAUAAAUAUUUCUAUAGUUUUUUGGAGCGUGAGGUCAAAGUUAGCGUACGCCGUAAUCCCAUCAAAAGUAGGCACAUAAUACAAAUGGAUCCUUUAACGGCUUUGCGAGUAUGAACGAUUGAUUAUGUCCACAUACUUACUCAUAUAUACAUACAUAAGUGGCUAGGGCAAGCCUAAUAUCAAUGCUCUUGUUCAAAAACAAUUAAAAUCGAAGUAAGUCGGCAGACACAUUUAUAUGUAAAUGCAUUCCUCCGCACUCAGACACUCAAAUAGGUAUAACAUGAUGGUAAUUCUCCAACUCCCAAUCGCUUAAUUUAAUUUUCAUGCCACAAUUUUGUUGGAAAAGUUAAUUAAAUUAAAAGCAAUAUUCACAGUUCGUUGAGUUCAAAAUACAAAAUACGUGUUAUGUGCCAAAA